AGUGUCAAGGGCUCCAACGGGCCCCAAGCCGCUGCCCCGUCGUCACCGCCGCCGUGGACAAAGCGCCGAUGCUCGACAUCAUGAGCUGCGUGGAGAGGGACCUGCUGGACCUCGUGUUGCGCACGGGCUACAACAUCGUCCAGGAGAACGGACAGAGGAAGCUGGGACCGCCGCCCGACUGGCAGGGCCCCCCUCCCGCCCGCGGCUGCGAGGUGUUCCUGGCGAGGAUCCCGCGCGACCUGUACGAGGACGAGCUGGUGCCCGUGCUGGAGGCGGUGGGGCGGCUGUACCAGCUGCGCCUCAUGAUGACGUACCACGGAGAGAACCGCGGCUACGCCUUCGCCACCUUCGCGACGCGCAUCGCAAGCCGCGGACGCCGUCAGGAGACUCCACAAGUCGGAGAUCCGCCCGGGCAACGGAUCGCGGUUCACGUGAGCGUCGACAAUCGCCGCCUCUUCUUGGCGGGGCUGCCGAAGGUUAGGACGCGGGCCGAGGUGAUGGCGGCAAUGAGCGACGUCACGGAGGGCGUCGUGGACGUCCAGAUGCGCUUCUGUCGCCACGACAGGAGCCACAGCCGAGGCUUCGCGUUCGUCGAAUACGAGAGCCACCGCGCGGCCUGCAUGGCCCGCAGGGUGCUGCUGCCGUACUCCUUCCGGCUGUGGGGCCGAGACAUCCACGUGGACUGGGCCAUCCCGCAGCGAGACCCGGGGGCGGCGGCUGCUGCUGCUGCUGCCGGCCUCCCGCCGCCGGAGUGCGCCGUCUCCGACAAGGCCCCGCACAACCUGUUUGUGGGCUGGGCGGCGCACACGCUGCUCUGGCGGGCACCUCACCACCCGUGGCCCACGCCAAUCGGUCUGGACGAGCUGCCGGAGACGGCCGUCUUGUCGUGGGAGACGCGUUUGCAGGCGCUGCUACGGAGCGCCGGCGUGGGCCACGCGACCUUCGAACUGCACGCUCACUCGGAGCCCGGCAGGCCCAUGGGCCUCUUGUACAAGGUCUCCGUUCCCGGGAUGAUGCGGGAAGGCAGCGGCUUCUUCCCCGCGGUGCUGAGCUCCAGCGCGGAAGGAGCUCGCGAAGUGGCCAGCGGCCUUCUCUACGAAAUCCUCGGCGACGCCAACCCCCUGAGGGGGGGCCCGGUCCCCGCCGCCACGCUGCCUCCCGGCUGCCCCGUCCGGAACCUCCCGGCGUAUCCCGGCGACUUCCCCGCGCCCCGGCAGCCGGUCGCCGCGCGCCUGCCGACGAGCGGCACGCACCCGUAG